AUGAAUUCAGAAUGGCAAUAGAUGUUAAUUGAAGAUUUGAAUGCCAAAUUGCUUUAACGUGCAGAAUUAAUAGGGCAUUAUGAGGAACUUGAAGAAUUACUAGAGUUUCAUAAAGCCAAUAGUACUUUUGAAUAUAGUUUUGCUAUUAAACUUGAAUAGUUAGAUAAAGAAAUUCAAAACAAUUUUUCUUCAGAUCAAAAGGUUAAGAGUUUAAUUAAGGAAAGGGAAACCUUAUAUUAAGAACUAAAUAAAAGAAUGGAAGAAUAAACUAUACAGGUUUUUGAAUAAUAUAUAGCUAAUUGGAGUAAUUGUAUUGAUUAAAUUAAGUUAGUGAUUUUAAGGGGUUUAGAGUUAUACAUGGUGAGGAGAAGUAUCAAUAAUUAUUACUUGAAUAAUAAAAGUAAAUAAAAGGAAUGAUAUACACAUAGUAUAAUAAAAAGAUUUAAGGAAUUACUUAAAUUUAUAAAUAAUACAAUUAAAUAGACUAAGCCAUACAAUAUAAUAUAUCAUAUGUGGACAAUGAUUUAUCAAAUCAAAUAAAUUAGUAAUAAAAUAAGACAAAUCAAUCCAUGUUAUAAAAGAAAGAUGAUACUCUUCAAUUAUCAUAAAUGUAAUUUAAUUUAAUAUUAUUAAAAGUAUUCAAUAAAUAGAGUUUACCAAAUAAAUUGCUAAUCUAUAAUAAGAUGAUUCAUUAAUUUAACAUAUGGAUGAAUUCAAUAAUAUUAUGACUAAAUCAUCUCAUCCUGUUAAAUUAUAAACUAUAUAUGAAGAAUAACAAAAUAAUAAUAAUAAUCUUCCUAUUAGAUAACAUCAUCAUAGUAAAACUAUAUUUAGUCAUAAACAUUCUACUGCUUAAAUCAGUCCAUAAAUGUCAAAGUCUUACUUUGUUAAAGAGACUACUUUAAAGAAAUCUUUAACUAAAGGAACUUUAUUACUUAAAAAAUUCUCAAAUAAACCUUCAAAAAGAGAAUUUGAUGUAUUUUAACAUUAAAAUCCUACUUAAUUGGGUUAUGGUUUAAGAAUGGCAUAAUUAACUUAGGAUAGAAUUGAAUUUAGAAAUCAAUUGAAACCAUAGUUAAUUGAUUCAUCAUUGCCUUUAUCUCAAAUUAUUAGAGUUAUCAUUCCAAAAUAAGUUCAAGGUUAUUUAAAGAGAAAGCCAAAUAAAAUAUAGGAGAAAGAAAAUAAUGUUCCAAGUCUCUCUUAUUGGCCUAUGCAAAUUCUCACUUUAAAUUAGGGAUAAAUUGAUCUAUUGUUCCAUUCUUAAGAUCAUAUGAUGGAUUGGUAUAAUGGUUUAGUGAAUGUUAAAAAUAUUAAUUAAUGAAAUAUUUGAAAUUAUUUACACUUAUUUCAAUAACAUUAGGUUCUUCCAUUCAUAAGCAUAUAAAUCAUCUUCGUUCAGGUUCAGGACCAUUAGAUACAUAAUUAUUUGUUGUUGGUAUUGUAUGCAUAUCAUUCUCAAUUCUCCUAUUGUGGUUUAAUGAAAGAAGAGCAGCUAUAAAUUCAUAUCGGCUUUAAUUUGCUAGAUAACAUUGCAUCUCAUUAACACCUUUUUAAGAAUCAAAUUCAAAAGAUUUAAUCCAUAUAACAGGUCAAUUAAUAAGUGAUGAAUUAGUAACAGACAAAGAGUUUGGUGUUUCUUAAAUAAAUUGUGUAAAAUUGUAUAGAAAUGUCGAAAUGUAUUAAUGGGUAUAAGGUGAUAAUAAAUAAUAAGAAUAAAAAUGGAUGGAUAAUCAUGUUGAGAAUCAUUUUGGAUAUAAUAAUGAUAAAUCUAAAUGGGUUUUGAAAUCAGAAACAUUUCUAAAUUAAAUUGUUAAAUUGCAUCAAUUUCAUUUGGAAGAAGAUAUGAAAAAAGAACUCAAAACUCCUUUAUAGAAUGUUAAAUUGAAUUAAGCAAAUGUGUAGAUUGCAUAAUAGAAAUAUAAAAAUAGUGGAUUUUGUAGAUUGUAAAAUUUUUUUCUUAUAAAGUUUACUAUAAGAUGACUACAUAUAUAUGCAUUAGGUUGAAGAUCAAAUUGUGAAUGGAGAUUUAAGAAUAUGUUUUAAAUAAGUAACUUGUAGUGAUGCUACAAUAGUAGCAAGAGGAGAUAAUACUAAAUUAGUAGUAUGGUAAUUUGAAGAUACUUUUAAUUAAACAGUAGCAAGAGAUUAUGAUGAACAUGAAAGAACUUGUUGUAAUCUCCCUGUUCCUAAUGAUAGUAAACCAAUUAAAGAAAUUUAUUGGAUCUUUUAAGGUCUAUUUACACCUGAAGAAUGUUUUUCAAAAGUUGUAAAUGAAAAUGCUAUGUUAUUUUGGGUUUUCAGAAGUAUUGGAUAUAUUUUAAUAGUAAAUAAAAAAUAAAUUUGUAUUAGGCAAUUGGAACUAUCAUUUUAUUAUCUCCUGUAUCAUUUCUAACAGACUUUAUUCCAACAGAAAAAUUGACUGGAUUGAGUUUUUUUAUUUUUGGUAGCAUUGCUGCAUUGCCAAUAACAAUCUUUUCUAUUUGCUUUUCUUGGGUAUACUAUCGCCCAAAGAUUGGAUUUUUAAUGCUAUUAAUAUCUAUUAUUUUAGGAGGAGGUAUUUUUUAUUAUGCUUACAAAAAUUAAUGA